AUGUUGGCCAGAAAUGCUGAAGUUGAUGAAAAUCUAAUUCAUCUAGCUAAACAAUAUGGUGGUGUUUUCCGUUUACAUAAAUUGUUUAACGAACCUCAAAUCGUAAUUACCGAUCCAAAACUUGUUCAAUCAAUUCUAAAUUCAUACGACUAUCAAGGUUUUAAUGCUAGAUCUCUAAGUUAUGAUCCUUUUGGAAGUGGAUUGGUUCGUGCUCAAGGAAGCAAUCACCGACGACAAAGAAAAUUGAUGAAUCCUUUGUUUACUUUUACUAAGAUUAAGGAAAUGACCCCAACAUUUGUUCAAGGUGGUCAACAAUUGAAAGAUUACUGCCUGGAGAAAAUUGGGGAUAAAGAAGAGGAAAGGAUUCCCAUUGCUUUAUUAGUUCGCAAGAUAACUUUAGAUAUUAUUGGAUUUAAUUAUAACUUUAACUCUUUUACAUCAGGAUCUGAAUUAGCAUACGCAUACAAUAUAAUCGGCACUUAUAACACUUCUCCAUUAUAUAAUGCUCUUAUUGAUUUCUUUCCUUUUAUUAGAAAACUGCCAUUCAGUUUUAACGUUCGUUACAAUAAUUCCCUCAAAACGAUUAAGACAAUUUCUGAAAAAUUAGUUAUUGAGCAUAAAAAAAAUCCAAUUCGAGGAAAAGAUUUAUUAUCAUUAUUGAUAGAAGCUAAUGAAACUGCACCUGAUAAUGAAAAAUUAACACAUGAUGAAUUGAUAUCUCAGAUUAAGACACUUCUCACUGCAGGUCAUGAAACCACUAGUAUAUCUGUGUCAUGGGCAUUAUAUUUUCUCGCAAAAUAUCCGAAAUAUCAAGAUAAACUUCGCGACGAAUUAAUUAAUGCUUUCCCUGAUCGUGAUCAUCAACCUACUUUUGAUGAGAUUGAACAACUAAAAUAUCUAGAUUGUGUUUUCAAAGAAACUCUCAGGGUUGUUCCGCCUGGUAAUUUCAAUGUCAUUGAAGGAUUUGUUUUCAAAAAGAAAGCUAUAGGUAUGUCUAGACCUAUUCCCGGAAUAGAUUUAUGGGUUUUAAAG